AUGGCGACUAACAAGCCAGUCAUACUCCUCGCCCACGGAGCCUGGCACGCACCCAGCUUGUACGACCCCCUCCGAGAUGCCCUCGCAGCCCGCGGGUACGAGCUUCUGGUCCCGGAGCUCGCCACCCUAGGGGCGGGCAAGACCGGCAUCGGCUGGGACGCCGACGUGGCCGUGCUGCUCGAGACGGCGGCGCCGCUCUUCGCGCAGGGCCGCAGCGUCGUGCUGCUGGGUCACUCGUACGGCGGCAUCCCCGCCUGCAUCGCGACGCGCGGGCACGGCGUCGAGGAGCGGCGGGCGGCGGGGCAGAGCGGCGGCUUCAGCCAAGUGGCCUUCCUCUGCGCCUUUGCGAUGCCGGCGAAGGGCAUGAGCGUCAUGUCCGUCUCGGGUGGCAGCUGGCUGCCGUGGCACAAGGUCAUCGAGCUCGGGCCGGGGAGGAACCAGCUCUUCGUAAAUGAGAAGGCCAAAGAUCUGCUCUACAACGACUUCCCCCCGGACAGGGCCCAGGCCGCCUUCGACAGCUUGGUGCCCAGCUCCUACGAAGCCUUCACCACGGGUGUUGACUUUGCCGUGCCGGAAGUCGCCAUCCCCAAGGCGUAUAUCGUAUGCGAGGGCGACGCUCUGUUUCCUCCCGAGCACCAGAAGGCCCUGGCAACUGCCUGCGGCGAGGAUCUCGUGCAACUGAGCGUCAGUGGAGGCCACAGCGCGUUUGCCAGCGUCCCUGAGGAGCUCGCAGAUGUCUUGUCUCAACUCUUGGGAGGCAAGCCACGAUGA